AUGGAGUCUCAUGCGCAUUAUAGGCCUGCUGUUGUCAUUUAUAGCACCAUCAUCGAUAGUCUUUGUAAAGACCAGUUAUUACAUCAGGUCCUCCUAUUAUUUGCUGAGAUGAAAAGAAAGCUCAUUUCACCUGAUGUUGUCACUUACACUUCCAUAAUUCAAGGUAUGUCCACUUUGGAACGCUGUAAAGAGGCUCAGGAGUUGUUCAGUGAGAUGUUGAGGAGCAACACAACUGCUACUAUUGAGACCUACAACAUAUUGAUUGACAUGUAUUGUAAGGACGGCAAGGUUGGUGAAGCAUGGGCUAUAUUUGAAUCUGUGGCUACUAGAGGUGUGGUUCCUGAUGUUGUGACUUUUGCCACCUUGAUCAAUGGAUAUUGUAAGGAAGGAAUGGUUUAUGAAGCACGGGCUACAUUUGACUGCAUGGUUAAGAUAGGUCUGGUUCCCCAUGACAUCACUUACAAUGUAUUGUUGGAUGGAUAUUGUUUACAUGGCCAGAUGUUGAUGGUAAAUCAUGGUUGCAAACCUGAUCUUGUGACUAUCAACACAUUAAUCAAUGGAUAUUGCAAGUGUAAACAAUUUCAGAAAGCUCUUUACCUUUUCCAAGAGAUGUGCCUUGAAGGAUUAACUCCUAAUGUUGUCGCGUAUAACACUCUUAUUAAUGCCUUGUGCAAGGACAAUAGAGACUCACUUCUGUCUUCUGCAUACCAGCUUCUCAAGGAAAUGAUAGGUCAGAGACUAAAACCUGAUGUAAUCACUUGGAGUUCAUUGCUGGAUGGUCUGUGUAAAAAUGCACAAAUUGAUGAGGCGAUAACACUAGUCGAGAAAUGGAGUACAUUGGAGUGGUCCCUGAUAUUAUCAGAUACAAUAUCCCCAUUAACGCGGCUUGUGUGA